AUGAAGCUCAAUUCUGCUCUGUUAUACAUCGCCCUCCCGAUCUUGCAAGCGGUCGUAGCAUGGCAAGUACCCGAGGAAUAUGCCAUAGCUCCGUCCUCCAAUGGCCGGUUCCUACAGGAACUUCAUGGAAAACCAUUCUUCUGGCAGGCGGACACGGCAUGGCUGUUAUUCCAUCGCCUCAACUUCAGCGAGGCUGACCUAUACCUGUCGGACCGAGCGAGCAAGGGGUUCACGAUGGUUCUAGCCGUUGGCUUCACCCAGGCAGGUAUCGACAGUCCCAACCGCAAUGGCGACCUGCCAUUUAUAGACGAAGACGUCACAAAGCCCAACGAGGCCUACUGGGUUUACGUCGACUCCAUUGUCGAGCUGGCAUGGAGUAAAGGCAUCCGAAUCUGCAUGGUCCCUGCAUGGGGUAAAUAUGUGCACGGUAACGACAAUUCGGGCAGUGUACUUAACACGAACACCGCAUUCACCUUUGGCAGAUUCAUCGGCCAGCGAUAUCCCUACCUUCCCAAGACCCUUGUCGGCGACACAAACCCCUACUGGCUAAACAAAACAGCCGUAAAGGCAGACUAUACAAACGGCGGUGCUCCUCCCACUUACGAGGUCAUUGACUGGUCGCCAGUUUACGAUGACUUGGCCAAUGGCAUUGUCGCUGGCGAGCGACAGGCUAUCGCAGAGACAUCUACCCAGAAUGCCACGACUUGGUGGCCACUGAUGUCGAUCCACCCGACAAACCAAUGGUUCACGGGCGGGCCACUCGCGCUCGCACACGCGUUCUUCGGAGACCGGGCAUGGCUCACCUUGGACGCCAGCCAAUCUGGUCAUGCAGACUACCCGCCAAACCCUCCGAUCCCUUGGUGGAAUUGUCGACGCGGCUGGGAGCCCGUCGAGCUCAUGUACGCGGCGGGAUCGGUACCUGGGGGCCGCGUGCGGCCGGUCAUUGAUAAUGAGGCGCAUUACGAGAACCGAUAUAAUAAUGGCAAUAGCAGUAAGCCUGUUUGGAAUGCAAGCGAUGUGCGAAUCGGAAGCUGGCAAGCGGUCUUCUCGGGCGCAGUGGGCUUAACUUAUGGGGCGAAUGCCAUCCAGCAGUGUGCGAUUCCUGAACGUUUCGCAUCCGAUGGCAGUGGGCCAAGUGAGACCUGGCUGGAGGAUCUAGUUUUACCGGGAUCCAGCCAGAUGCAGUGGAUCAAGAAGGCAAUGUUGGAUAGAGGGAAUACGACGUUCUUCAGGCGUGUGCCAGCACAAGACAUCAUCGUGGGAAAUGCUGGUUCGGACGAUAAACGGGUCACAGCGACAAGGGAUAGUGGUGGUGCCUGGAUCAUGGUGUACACCCCCACGGGGAAGCCGUUCCAGGUUGAGACGAAGAGUCUGGGCUCUUGCAACGUGCAGGCCAGCUGGUAUGAUCCGUUACGUGGCACGUAUAGCAGACUGGGUUAUAUACAGUGUGGAGGAAGCGCGACUGUCCAGCCGUUUACGCCGCCUACCACAGGAGAACAUGCAGACUGGGUGCUCGUCCUAGAAGUAGUCCACUAG